CUAAACAAUACAACAACACUAAGCACAACAACAGCUACAAUUUUAUACACACAGCUAGAAUGUCUAAGCGCACUAAGGACGAUGAUGGACACCGACGCAAGAAGGCGCGUUUACGUUUCAGGAAAUGUGUGCGUUCCGCCAUUACCAACAAUCAAUGGGUCUCCGAAAUGGAGGAUCAGGGUGUGACCUUGAAUGUCAAAAAAAAUGUGGCCAUGUUGGUGCGUAAAAAGCACAAGCCAGGCAUACUAACCAUGGCUCAAAAAAGUUUGUUAGCCACGGCGCACAGCACGCGCACCAUUGAAGAGCGCAAGAAAAUUUGCUCAAUUGUAGCGCAUUUGGGGUGCUUUAGUCAAGUACCACCGAAAAUACGUGCGCGUUUGGUGCCGCAUUUGCUGUUUGUGCCCAUUGCCGCGAAUCGUCAGUUAAUGAAGGAGGGCGACUUGCCUAUAUGUGUGUAUUUUCUCAUAAGCGGCGAGGUGGAAAUGUCUAAAACUAUAUUAAACAAAGUCACGCGACGUGUUGAAAAUAGACCGGAAGCCAUUUUGGGACCAGGUGAUUGGAUUGGUGAUGUGGACAUGCUAGAGGCGGAAAUCCGCUCAAACUCUUAUAAAACGAUUUCUCAAUGUGAAAUUCUGGUACUACAAGAUGACGAUUUUAUAAGCAUAUUAGCGCCAUAUGUGCGUAAAAACUGGGUAGAAAAAAAACGUGCCAUACAAGCGUUGAGCUAUUUAAGUUUUAUGAAUGAAUCGCAGAUUGUGAGCGCUUGUAAAUUUGGAAUUAUACGUCAAUAUGAUCCAUUCGAUACGAUAUAUUCACAAGAUAAAGAGCAUUUACACCAUGUUUAUUUUAUUUUAAGCGGCGAAUGCGUGCUACUACAAUGCCUAUAUAUGAAGAUUACAAGUGUGAAAGGGGAAGUGCAUUAUGAGCUAAGCGAGUUCACUAAUGAUCAGAGCACUCAUGUCUUGCUAGAGGAAAACAAAUCCGAUCUGGAUAUACGUGAGCUAUUGCGCUCUAGCUCAUCGUUAGAUGAGCAGGGCAUUAAUAAAAAGAAACAGAAACGGCAAGCGGAGUUGCAAAAGAUUGAAAAGCAAUGUCUUCAAUUUAAAGUCAAAGCAGUGGAGCCCGAAGAGGAGCAGCAGGUAAAGCGCCCAAGUGUUAAACGUCGCCGUUCAUCGGUCAAGCAUAAGGAUGCGUAUGAGAAGUUUAUACGUCAUGGUGGUGCGGAGGGCUUUAUUGACAUUGAUGACGACGAUGUGUAUGUGGAUGAUGAUGCAGGGCGGGCAAGCGAAGAAAGUCCUCGAGCCACUUUUCGUGUAAGCCAGGAUAUUGUAACCCGCGACACUUUAACCUCCAAGCAUAGCCGAACGUCUCAAUCGCGUGAAUCGAGUCGCGUGCUCGGUAGCAACAAUGAAACUACAGGCUCUGAAAUUUUUACAGCUGCCUCGUCGCACAUUUCAGCACGCUCUUUAUCCAAAGAGGAAACUGCACAGACCGAUAAGUCGCAAUAUGUUACGCAUUUCAUUGACAUUGGUUCCAUGGCUUUUGGUGGUCUAUGUGGGGUUGGUGAGCGCACUGAGCAUCGCGUUUUAAUGGCUCGCACCACUGUGCAGUGUCUUCUGCUGCCACGGUACUGGCUAAUGGAGGAGGAACAGAAUCCGGGCCAUAUAUGGCAACGCAUGAGUUUUUACAUUGAUCGAUAUAUACCAUCGAGAGAGACGCUAUUCCAGGAUUACAUCAAAACGCGUCAGUGGGCACAGUUUAAACGCAGUUGUGUUGAAGAAUAUAUUCAGCAAGGCGUCAAUUCAACUAAAGUCGAGGAUAUACCUGUUAUUAUACGUAUUGUCGAGUCUAAAGAGGAUUAAAUGUUCACUGUUGUCUUUGCUAAAAAUAAUUUAUAAGCAGAAUGUACUAAAAAUCAAGUACAUUUAUUUUCCCGAAAUA